AUUAUUUAUUAGCUUUCUUUUCAAAUAGCAACGCCCAGUCCCGAGCGGUUGGGUGAUGUAGUGCGGAGAGAAGAUUUUUCAGAAGUCCCCUAGACUCUCUCCCGCGUUCGUCAUACAAGGUGGGGCUUCAUUCUGCCCCCUAGCAGCGGCCCUUCGGGGGGGUAGUGCCUCCCCCCGGGGCUUUCCCUGGGGCCGGCAGGAGCGAGGCGAGGUUCUCGGGAAGGGAGAAUCCUGCAUUCGAAAUAACCGCUGCGGCUUUCGGUUUGCUUGGCUUCCCGCCCCGCCCGGGGACAGUUUGUUAAUUAGCUGUUAAUUCCUGGGGGCUGAGGCGGCGGGGCGGGAAAGAUAGGGCUCAGCUGAAACAAGCCCUCCUCGUUAUCGUAAACACCAGCCGAAGCUAUCGAGACGCUGCCAACAGCAGCCUGGGCGCCCCGCUAAGAAGCGACAAAGUUCUGUCCUCUCGUCUCGGGUGGUUUAAAUACCUGUCCUACUGAUAAGUGGUCUACCAGUCAUGAAACGAAUUCUUCUGUUUUUUAUCCUGGCUGCUGCUGUUAUGUAUGGUAUACUGCAUGGAAAUCUGUGGAGAAAUAACCUCUACUGGAUUAGCUUUUAUGGACAGACUUCCUCUGUGAGGGCUCCUCCUUCCUAUGAGACUGGUGGAGUUACCCAGCUGCCACCUACGGCUGUGGAGAGAAGGAACGCGCUGGACACUUGUCUCCUGAAACCAGCAUUUGAACCUUUACUAGGUGUUGACAAAAUAUACCCGUUCCUGUGUGCUAAUGAUUUUAUCAGAGUGGCGGAGUUCCAUGGGAGCGAUAAGUUUGAACUACCUUAUGGAAUAAAGAGAGCAGAGCAAUUUUUUCGCUUAGCCCUUUCAAGACUGCAGAACUGUGGACUUUCCAAUGAAGAUGACAGCAUUUCAUGUCGACGGUGUGUUGUGGUCGGUAAUGGAGGAGUUCUUCGAAAUAAGACAUUAGGGGAGAAAAUUGACUCGUAUGAUGUGAUAAUAAGAAUGAAUAAUGGCCCUGUUGUAGGGUACGAAGAGGAUGUCGGGAGGAGGACGACGUUCCGCCUUUCUUACCCGGAAUCCAUCUUCUCGGAUCCGAUCCACUACGACCCGAACACGACUGUCGUUCUCAUCGUCUUCAAACCACGUGACUUGAAGUGGCUUUGGGAGAUACUAGGUGGUCAGAAAAUAAGUGCAAAAGGCUUUUGGAAGAAACCGGCUCUGAACAUGAUAUACAAAUCUAGUCAAAUUAGGAUUCUUGAUCCCAGCAUCACCAGAAAAACUGCUUAUGAAUGGCUUCACUUCCCAACACGGUUUCCCAAAAAGGAGAAACCCAAGCAUCCAACAACAGGGCUAAUUGCCAUCACACUUGCGUUUCACAUAUGCCAUGAAGUUCACCUGGCAGGCUUCAAGUACGACUUCACUGACAGAAACAGUUCUUUGCACUACUACGGCAACGACACAAUGUCUCAGAUGAUGCAGAACGAAUACCACAACAUCAACGCUGAGCAGAAAUUUUUGAAGAAGCUUAUAGACAAGAACUAUGUGGUCAAUUUGACAUGAAAGCUGAAUGGAGAAGACAAAGAACAAUCACUAUUUUCAAGAUUUGAAAAAUUUUUAUUUUUUGUACGACAUUUUUAUUUUUUAAGUGCAGCAUAACUGUUUACUGUUUAAAAGGAGCACAGAAACCUCAUCAAGGCAGAAGCUUCUUCUAAGCCUGAGGGUGGUGGACUAUUGCAAACGGAGUUAACUGAAUUUCUGUGAAGCUAUUUAAUAAUGGGAAAACCAUGAAACUUUCAGCUGAAAGUAUCAGGGAUAUAUCAAAAUGUGAUGCACAUCGCUUAUUUAUCAGCAAGAACUCUUUCCAAAUAAUUACUUCUCUGGAAUACCUUUUCGUUUCUGAUGUUUUUGUCCUCCAAACAAGUUAUUAUACCGUCAAGAGACUGAGGUGACCAGUGUUUAAUGAGUGGAUGGAUACAAAGUCUUGAAUGUCUGCCUUGUAGGAAAAUGGAUUUAAAACAAUGCCUAUAAAUCAUUACUGUGUGUUUGGGCGAAGGGGGGAGCAUACAGAGCGCACAGGUUUUGGUCUGCCCUGCUCCUGAGGAGGGGACGUCCGUCUUCAGCAGAGAAGCUUCAGCUUCUGCCCUGGCCAGCGGUGCUGAACUGCCGUCCGCCCGUGCCGAAGGUGAAGACCCUUUGGUCUGAUGGGUGGAGAUGCUGGUCUUGACAGUGCUCGUGUUGUUACUCAUUUUAUGGAGCACCAUACUCCCUGUGCUGUGCGUCCAGUUGAUUUUGCAGUUGGUGACUUGGCUUAGAAAAGAGGGAUAUGAAGAGGGAAGAGUUGUCCUCACUACGUGCGUGUCAGCCGCUCCCCCGGGACCACAACAGAAACGUGAGCUGGGACAGAGAUACUCAGGCCUGAGUUUAAAUUUAGAGCCAAUGCUUGUUGGAUUCCUAGAUCUCCAGGACAGGAUCUCAUUUAUCUUUCUCUUCUCUCCCCAAGAAUCGAGGUGCAUUUUUUCCUAGCCAGCACAAUUUCCUCUCUCAGAUGCUGUAAUGCAUUUCCACCUUUGAAAUGCAUCAAUAUGAGCAAUGAAUGUCUCUGGUUUUGGCAGUAGAGAGAGUAAGGGAAUAUCAAGACGUACCUCAGCUGAAUUAUCAUUUGGCUUCUGUUUACCUCUCCUGUCUUGACAUUUAGGUUUAAAGGAUGUGGCUGAAAUAAAUGAUUUAGUUGUAGGAACUUACUUGGAAUUUUAAUAGAAACAUUUAAUGGGACAUUCAUGUUUCCUGUAUUGGUUUGUAUCGGAUGAGCCUGCUAAGUUAAAUCUGCCUGGGAAUGCCCUCAACAACUGUCAGAGGAACAAGUAAUACAAGUAAUAUGCUGUUCCAA